AUGAAUCUCAAGGAGCCUCAUAUCAGGAUACUGCCGUGGUUGCAAGCUACAAGGGAGUACAUUGUCUACAAAUCAGACCCACGUUACGAUCUCACACUGCUUCCCCGUCUGCGAGCUCGAAUUGACAUUCUUUCAAUCGUCUUCGGCCAAAAUAGAAAUUCUUACAUCCAAGAAGUAUUACGGCCGAUUAGCUUAUUUUUCGAGGAUAAGUCUACGGAGUCAGCAGGAAUCGUUGAUACUAUCGUCUUGAUUUCGGGUAUUUCUUCCCUGACGGCUUCGACGGAAAACCUUUCCAUCCGGCGCUGGGUUGGUCCAAAACUCGAUCCCAUUUUUUCCGACAGCACGAAACUCCCUGCACUCAGAAGGGUGUUCCCUGUCCGACUUACUAUCGCCUGGGAACAUGAUCUGGAUGAGGAUGGAUAUCGAAGAGCCAGAAUGCAAGCCAGGGAACAUUUGGACGCCCUCUUUCCUCUCUUGAGGAAAUCGCUGGUGGAACUUCACGUGAGCAUUGUCGAUGGAGGAGCAUUCGCAACCCUUGACGUAGGCUGGUAUGAUGAUGAUGAUGAUGAUGAUGAUGUUGUUGUUGUUGUUGUUAAGGAGGAGGAGGAUAACUCGGAGUAG